AUGUGUAACCAACAAGCUGCAACGUUAAUCCGGCAUCCGUUCUGGAAGGCUGUCAUCGGUAACCCCGGUGAAAUCCACGAUAUUGGGACAUUCCAAGGCUAUCUACAUAGUUGGUCUGAUUGGACGCUAUUCGAGGCUCACCUGACCUGGGCAAUCCUAUCCAACCGCGCCAAAUCUCAUAUCUGA